GACCCCCCCCUCUCCCCCGGCAGAGCUACGGCAGUGGGAUGCGCCCUCCCCCCAGCUCGCUGGCCGGCCCCGGAAUGCCUGCCAUGAACAUGGGUCCCGGUGGCCGCGGGCCUUGGCCCAACCCCAACGCCAACUCUAUCGCCUACUCCUCCUCAUCCCCUGGCAAUUACGUGGGCCCUCCUGGGGGCGGUGGUCCCCCCGGCACCCCCAUCCUGCCCAGCCCCGGAGACUCCACCAACUCCAGUGAGAACAUGUACACCAUGAUGAACCCCAUCGGACCCGCGGGGAACCGACCCAACGUGA